AAUACAUUGUAUCCUAAAUGAAUACACAAGAUCCUUAUCAGUGAAUUCAUUAUAUGAUUUUCUCCAGAAAUGAGAUACACAGUAAAUUCGCUGCUGCCUAAUACACAACUCAUAGUGAAACAUUUGUAAUUGAAAAAUAAAUGACCGCACACUAUAGAAUCGUCAUUAUAAUUAUCAUGUUUCUUGAUAUUACUUGUUUUAUCACAAUCGUAUAUAAAGUAGGGCGAGAUUAUUAAUAGCACUAUCCGGAUUCCGUACUUUAAUAAUACUUGUUAGGAUUUUCAACUAAAUUUUCUGAGUCCCCUAAACCUAAAUUUUCAUAAAGGACCACACUCGUGUCACUUAUAUGCAACGUUAUGAAUGCCCUUCGUAACGGUCAUUUGGUCACGCUUGGUCAAUAUUUGUGCCCGCCUGAGCCCCUCCCCUGUGAUGACCCCACCAAUUUAAGGUAAAACCUAAGAAACUGGUCGUAUGCAUGCGCGAUAAGAAUUUUCAUCCUUCUUUGUCCCCAUCUCACCUGAAUCUUAUUUUUCUCAAUUUCUCUUGUAUGAACGGAACAUGAAUAUAUUGUUUUUUCUUCACAUCAAAUCCCGUUCAUUGUACAUUAAACCAUAUUUACAGGUUGUUGUUUUCGUCGUCGGUGCAAAUGACAUCGGCACAAAGACCCCGGUUCGAGUUUUUGAGGACAUCGUGGCACUCUGUGAAGGGGUACACAACGCUACACCAAGCGCGACUAUCCUUAUAUCCGAACUACUCCCAAGGGCACGGAACCGCUUCAAUGGCAACGGUUAUCGACAAGACUUCCUAGAACACUGGAACUACGAUGCUGGCGUUGUCAACAAGCUGCUACGCGAGUUUGCCAGCAAGGUGCCGUGGGUUCGUGUCAUUGAACAUCCGGAAUUCCACACCAUGUUCGGAGCCAAUGUCUAUCUCCUCAGCAGAGAUGGUCUGCAUCUGACCAUAGAUGGUACGAACACGGUUGCAAGCAACAUAGAAACAGCCGUCACGUCUCUAACGAAACCAACUAGAACCGACUUACCCAGGGCCUGA